AUGGGGAGGCGCUCCUGCUGUCGGCGGCGCUUGCUGAUGGUGGCAAGUCUGGGUGCUGCGCUCCUGUUCCUGUGCGCGCUCCUCCUUCUGCGUCUCGGAUUUAAAAAAAAAGCCCUGGGCUCCAGCUGGUUUGGAGGAGUGAGGAAGAGUCCCCUUCAACUGUUGCACGACCUGGACCAGGGUCAGCGUUCUGUGAUGGCCGAGGUGCACCAGCAGCGGCGCCAGCUGCUACACCGCGCCUGCAGCCGCCACACACGACGCCAGCGACUGCUGCAGCCGGAGGACCUGCGGCAUGUGCUGGUGGACGACGCGCACGGGCUGCUGUACUGCUAUGUGCCCAAGGUGGCCUGCACCAACUGGAAGCGCGUGCUGCUGGCGCUGCGUGGCCGUGGGGACCCGGGCUCCAUCCCUGCGCACGAGGCGCAUGCGCCUGGCCUGCUGCCCUCGCUGGCCGACUUUGCGCCGGCCGAAGUCAACCGGAGGCUUCGCGACUACCUGGCCUUUCUCUUCGUGCGCGAGCCCUUCGAGCGCCUGGCUUCCGCCUACCGCAACAAGCUGGCGCGGCCACACAGCGCCGCCUUCCAGCAGCGCUAUGGCACACGCAUCGUGCGCCGCCUACGACCACACGCGCAGCCCGAUGCGCUGGCCCGCGGCCACGACGUGCGCUUUGCAGAGUUCCUGGCCUACCUGCUCGACCCGCGCACGCGCCGCCAGGAGCCCUUCAACGAACACUGGGAGCGCGCGCACGCGCUCUGCCACCCGUGCCUAGUGCGCUAUGACGUGGUGGGCAAGUUUGAGACGUUGGCUGAUGACGCGGCCUUUGUGCUGGACCUGGUGGGCGAGCCCGGCCUGCGCUUUCCUGCUCCACCACGGAGGCCUGAGAAGGACCCUACGCGUGACCAGGCCCGGCGCCUCUUCCAGGACAUCAGUCCCUUCUAUCAGCGCCGCCUCUUUGACCUCUAUAAGAUGGACUUUCUGCUCUUUAACUAUUCCGCCCCCUCCUACCUGCGGCUGCAUUAGGGAUGCUGGGUGUCGAGAGGGCCUGUGACUGAGCCACGAGGAGGUCUGGAAUGAGCCCAUAGUGUGGAUUGGAGAGCCAUUCACAUUCCGUACUCAGUGGGCCUGCCAAGAUCCUGGACACAGGCCACUGGAUUGGGCACAUCUCAGGUGACAGUUC